AUGAUGACACAGGAGAAAGCAUACCACUUCAGCCAAAGUGCCACCAACCACCAGUGCAACAGUGCCCACACCAGCAGUCAGAGACACACCAUCAACCACCAAUGCAACAGUGCCCACGCCAGCGGUCAGAGACACACCAUCAACCACCAGUGCAACAGUGCCCACACCAGCAGUCAGAGACACACCAUCAACCACCAGUGUGUGGAGGUGAGGGCGUGGUCGAGCACCCGUCUGGGGAGAGAGAAAGCGGUGAGGGAAGCUGCCGCCACCGAUGUGGGCAUGAGGAUUGGGCCGGUCUGUUGGAGUUGCGGGGAGCUGGGACACGUCCAUGAACAGUGCCCGGUGAUGGAGGUGGGGACAGUGAUCCGGGUCCCCAACACUCCACAGGCCACCCCCGAUCGAGCCGGGAUGUACCAAAUACCCAUGGACGAAUCGGACAGGGGGCUGGGUGCUGUUCUGUCCCAAGAGAUGGAGGAGCGCCCGGUGCUGUACAUUAGUCGAAAGCUCUCUAUGAGAGAGACGAAGUACAGCACCAUAGAGAAUGAGUGUUUGGCCAUCAAGUGUUGCGGUCCUCACUCUACGCUACUAUUUGUUGGGAUGAGUAUUCACCCUCUGUUCGGACCACACCCUGCUCCAAUGGCUCCACCGCAUGAAGGAUUCCAAUGCCCGGAUAACCUGUUGGUAUCUGGCACUUCAGCCAUUUAAGAACAAGGCACUCCCAGCAGCAAUGAGGUAUGUGCCAAAUAUAGACAAAUGCAUACAGAUAUGUAUGUAUAUAUAUCACACACACACACACACACACACACACAUAUAUAUAUAUGUGUAUGUGUGUGUGUGUGUGUGUUGUUGUUGCAAAUAUUUAAACCAAUAAUUACAUUAUUCUUUACACUUCUCUAAUGAAGGAGCUACCAAUAAUUAAAAACCUCAAAACAGUUGUGAAAUGGCUGCAUGGGAAUAAACAGCUGUUCAGGGGCAAAGCUGAAGAGCCUCGUUUCCUACAGUUGGAAGAAGAGGAUAAGGAAAGGGCCAUCCACAAACUUUUGAAGAACCUGAACUUUCCAGAGAGACCUUCAUAUUUCAUUUUCUUUUCAGUGAUGAUUUGUUUCCUGGAAUUACAUGAUAAGAUGGGCCUAAGAGUAAAUUGUUCUUUUGAUGAGUUUUAAGUUGUCUAUUUAUGUUGUGUAAGUUGUAUAAAUUUUGAGUGUUUAAAAUGUUGUUGUUGUUUGCAAGUUGUAUUUCUUAUUAGUUUUCUAAUUGUUUAAUGUACAUUUUUGCUAGGCUUUGAAAUUAAAUGUUUAUUUUUAAUUUGAUAUGAAUAAACAUACACUGGCGGCCAAAAAUUUGGAAUAAUGUACAGAUUUUGCUGUUUUGGAAGGAAAUUGGUACUUUAAUUCACCAAAGUGGCAUUCAACUGAUCACAAAGUAUAGUCAGGACAUUACUGAUGUAAAAAACAGCACCAUCACUAUUUGAUAAAAGUCAUUUUUGAUCAAAUCUAAACAGGCCUCAUUUCCAGCAGCCAUCACUCCAACACCUUAUCCUUGAGUAUUCAUGCUAAAUUGCUAAUUUGGUACUAGGAAAUCACUUGCCAUUAUAUCAAACACAGCUGAAAGCUAUUUGGUUUCUUAAAUUAAGCUUAACAUUGUCUUUGUGUUUGUUUUUGUGUUGCCACAGUAUGCAAUAGAUUGGCAUGUCUUAAGGUCAAUAUUAAGUCAAAAAUAGCAAAAAAGAAACGGCUUUCUCUAGAAAUUCAUCAGUCAAUCUGUGGAGCGGGACAUGGUUGUGUGUCUGUCACUGGGGAGAGAAAGCAAGUGGUAAGGGCCAUCACCUGGUGAUUGUUAACAUUAAACACCUGUGUCUCGUUUCAGUGACGAUGGAGACGGGCUUUAAAAGGCCGCCGGAGCAACAGCCUGGCAGAGAGAGACCAGAGACGCUGUGUGUGCUCUAAAAGUCAAUACUUUGCUGUGAAGCUGAAAAGCAAUUGUAUUAAAAGUUGACUCAAGUGGACUCUGAAACCAGCUCCCAUGUCCUUCCUACUUGAACCCCUCUACACAAUCAUUGUUUUGAGGAAUGAAGGCUAUACAAUGCUUGAAAUUGCCAAAAAAACUGAAGAUUUCAUACAAAGGUGUACACUACAGUCUUCAAAGACAAAGGACAACUGGCUCUAACAAGGACAAAAAGAGAUGUGGAAGGCCAGAUGUACAACUAAACAAGAGGAUAAGUACAUCAGAGUCUCUAGUUUGAGAAAUAGAUGCCUCACAUGUCUUCAGCUGACAGCUUCAUUGAAUUCUACACACUCAACACCAGUUUCAUGUACAACAGUAAAGAGAAGACUCAGGGGUGCAGGUCUUAUGGGAAGAAUUGCAAAGAAAAAGCCACUUUUGAAACAGAAAAGGUUAGAGUAGGAAAAGAAACACAGACAUUGGACAACAGAUAACUGGAAAAGAGUGUUAUGGAUCUUUUUUUUUUUUUUUUGAUUUUUCCCCUUUUUCAACCAAUUUGGAAUGCCCAAUUCCCAGUGCAUUUUUUAAGUCCUCGUGGUCGCGUAGUGAUUCGCCUCAAUCCGGGUGGUGGAGGAUGAAUCCCAGUUGCCUCCGUGUCUGAGACCAUCAACCCGCGCAUCUUAUCAUGUGGCUUGUUGAGCGCGUUGCCACGGAGACAUAGCGAGUGUGGAGGCUUAAUGCCACCCACCGCUGCAUCCGCGCACAACUCACCACGCGCCCCACUGAAAAUGAACCACAUUAUAGCAACCACGAGGAGGUUACCCCAUGUGACUCUACCCUCCCUAGCAACUGGGCCAAUUUGGUUGCUUAGGAGACCUGGCUGGAGUCACUCAGCACGCCCUGGGAUUCAAAAUAGCGAACUCCAGGGGUGGUAGCCAGAGUCUUUUACCACUGAGCUACCCAGGCCCCCAAUGAGUGUUAUGGAUCUUAACCUCAUUGAGCUUUUGUGGGAUCAGCUAGAAUGUAAGGUGCAUGAGAAUUGCCCGACAAGACAGCCAUAUCUAUGGCAAGUGCUACAGGAAGCAUGUGGUGAAAUGUCACCUGAGUAUCUGGACAAAGUGACAGCUAGAAUGCCAAGGAUCUGCAAAGCUGUCAUAGCUUCACGUGGAGGAUUUUUUGAUGAGAACUCUUUGAAGUAGUUUAAGUUGAACAUUUUUUUUCAAAUUGUAAUAGUAAUUUUUCACAUUAUUAAUGUCCUGACUAUACCUUGUGAUCAGUUGAA